AUGCGUCGCUUCCCACCCGCCGUCGGCGUUAGCCUCCGGCAGCUUCGUCUGGUGGCCUCACCAGCUGUUGUCCGCAAUGUUCCCCCUGUGAAGUCUUUUGCACCUUUCGGAGCAGCUGCAACAAACGAGGAUGUCGCACGGGCAUUCAACGUCCCACCGGCACUACUCGAGAACUCAUGCAGACCCGCGGAAUGCCUCUUCGCAAAGAUGGAUCUCGCCCGUUCCCGCUUUGCCCCUCUUAUCGCUACAAUCGGCUCCGAGGAUGUGACAAAGAUCGCAGCUGAGGUAAGGGUUGCAAAAAUGGGGAAAAGCGUCUCUACAUCAGCCGUGGCCCCUCCAAGCCGCACGAUACCCCCUGUUGCUGGGGCAAAGGAGAAGUUUAAGACAAACGUGUGGAAGAGUGUUCGUGAGUUGGUGACGUUCUACGAAGAGGUGAUGCUCCCGGUGCGUGUGAAGAACGAGGAGUUCAAGUUUCACGAGUUGAACAACUUUCAUAUCAAAGACGACCUUAAACGCGGUCUUUCCGCUUUCAAGCAGGACUAUCUGGACAAUCAGAAAGUGAAACUGGUAGAAGUGCAGAAGCAAAUGGAGGCGUGCCAGAAGUUCAUUAGGGAUAUCGGUGCCUCAUCCUUUGACACGAACAUUUUUAACGACAUAGCAAACAUCCUGCGCAUUUGCGGUGAACGAAACCCCUAUGCCCUCCGUCUGUCUCUCCAGGUUCUGGAGGAUAUGAGCCUUGUGGGUGUGCCCUUUGACGACAUUACGACCAAAAUACUCAACGCUGCUGUAUUCAAUGAUGGGCCGUUGGAUGAUUCAGCUCUUCUCUUUACCUUACUGGAGUAUCCUGAACGUGGAGAAGUUAGCGUUGCGACUAAACCCGUCGAGAAGAUUGCGGACGAAACGCUGGAAGUUAUCAGUCGGCGUCACCGCACGCCACUGGAUAAUGGAAAGUUACUGCGGCAGAGUGACACUCAUCCAUGCCUCCAACGAUCACCUGAAUAA